AUGGGCGGAAUCGCCAUUUGGUGCAUGCAUUUCAUCGGCAACCGCGCCAUCGACCUGGCCGACGGCGAGCCCGAGUUACAAAUCGCGUAUUCGAGCGGCUUCACCGCGCUGUCUUUCUUCGUCCCCAUCGCAGUACUCCUCGCCGCGUUCGUCGCCGUCGGCAUCAACAACACCGUCUCUUGGUGGCGGGUUUGUGUAGGAGGUGUCCUGGCCGGUGCCGCGAUCUGCGGCAUGCACUACCUCGGCAACAACUCCAUCGACAACUACGUCUGCAUCUACAACCCGGUCAACGUCGUCGGCGCGGCGCUCAUCGCCGUGGCCGCCAGCAUCGUCGCCCUCGCCCUCUUCUUUGUCUUCCGCGCGGCCUGGACCACGUCCUGGUGGAAGCGCGCGGCGUGCUCCGUCGUCCUGGCCGGUGCGGUCUCCGGCAUGCAUUGGUGUGCCGCCACCGGUACCGAGUACCAGCUCGUGCGCCUCAACACCGGGAGCAACGAGCUGUCCCGCAACACCACUGUCAUCGUCGUCAUUUGUCUGUCGAUCGGCGCCUGCUUCGUCAUGGGCGGGACGGCCAUCUACACGGCCCGCAUCAUGAGACGCUACGCCAGUAAAGCGCAGCAGGUGGUCCUCGCGGCCGCGGUGUUCGACAAGCACAACCGCAUCCUCGUCAACCCCGACGGCCUGGUCCCGACGGAGAAGAUCACCGACACGUUCCUCGAGAAGAACGCCAGCGACACCUUCAGCAUCGCCCACCCCCUCUUCUUGUGGAUGUUCCAGGCGUCACGGAACUGGUCCGGCAUCUCGACGCUUGUCGGCGGCAUGGCGAACCACCUGGCCCACCUCCCAAGGCGCGGCCGCGACCGUGACACCCGCGCCGGCAUCCAGCUAAUCAACGAGCACGGCGAGCUCAUCGAAAACUACGACGUCAUCUUCCGCGAGCUCUUCUGCGUCGCCGCCGCCGGCCUCGCCGAGAAGAUGAAGGAGCACCUGACCUCCGUCGGCCUGCUGUGGGACGAGAUUCUACCCACCGGCGCCAGCGGAGAACGCCCGGGACACGAAAAGGAGGUACCCGUCCUGCGACCCGACGGGACGGUGAGGAAGGUCGAGGCAACUAGCAACAGCGUCGACCUCGCGGAGAAGGGCGUUGGCCGCCGCCGGCACCACGAGUUUGGCCGAGGGUCCCUCAUGUUCCUGGUCCGCCGCGUGCAGACCGACCGAGAGAUCGAGAGGCUGGAGGCCGCCGGCUACCGUUUCGCAGAGCUCCGCCAGGUCAGCAACAUCAUCGGGACCAGCAUGCAGAUCAAGUCGGCGGACCUGGAGUCGAAGCUGCAAAACAUGGCCGCGUACGUCAGCGACAACAACCAGCUCGAGCCGGGCGUGCACCUUGGUUUCUUCGGUAUCCGCGCCCGCGUCGGCAGCUACGGGUUCGACGUCGCCGUCCGCCGCGGCGCCCGGAACCUGCUGCCCAGCGUGCAGAUGCCCCUUGACCGCAUCGAGCAGUGGCAUCUGGACUUCCUUCGACAACUGGACCGGCUGACGGCCCUCGGCAUGAGCCGGAGGAUGGCGUCCCUGAGUAACGUGGGCACGCGAGAGGCGCACUUCGCGGCCCAGUUGACCGACAGCCUCGACGCACUGCGGGCCUGGAUCGACGAUCCCAUCUUCAACGACGCCAUCCUCACCAGCACCGUCGUCACCCUGCCGCCGUCCCAGGCCGCCGACGAGGACUCCUCGUUGCCUCCGACGAGCCUGAUCGUCUUCCGCCUGGUGAUCCCGAUCCACGUCAACUUCACCAGCCCCAAGUGCGAGUUCAUCCCGUUGAAUUUUUUCAAGGUCCACCAGCUCGUCGGUCGCGAGGCAUCGCGCCACCUCGCCUUCACGCAAUCGGUGCACCGCGAGCUCGCGCCCGUCCUCCAAUCCGUUCCUCUCGAGAAGCCCAGCCCAGCAAUGCACAGCAGGAGGCAAUCCCGCAUCUCGUCGCGCAUUCUCAGGUUUGGCAAGCCGAGCCCGGCGCACCCGGUCGACUCGGAGGGGAACCCUAUCCCCACGGUGCUUGGGCGCUCGUCAUCGAGAUCCGGUUCCAACGAGUCGAGCUCGACGCUCAAGCUCUGGUCGGGACGCCGCGACAGCGAGGGCAUGUCGCCGGGUACCCUGAGCUUUGAAACCGCGCCGCCUGCAUAUACGAACCACGAGGCGGGCAACCAGUCGUCGGCUUUUGGUGGCAUCAUGGUGUCAGAAGAGAUCCGGGUCGAGGUCUCCAACGCCGACGACACGGCGGCUCAAGAAGUGAACCCGUCCCAUCGACGCACGCCGACGAUGAUGGACAGGCGAGCAAGCGAGCACCCCGGAAGCAUGCCCGGCGGCAUGGGCGUGGAACCGGCGGGGGCGGAGAGACACAACGGGCGGAGCAACAGCACAAGCAGCGGCGCCAUCGAGAUGCGGACGCUGCAGGUGGCCGAGGUGAGGACCAAUGUCCACGCCGGCAGGGGCACCCAGGGCUCCAACGCCGGAGCGGACCGGGUGAACGAUGCGACGACGUUUGUGGACGAGCUCUUCACCAUCGCCAUCGGCAGCCGGUAA